UACUUUGACUUUGACGUUUAAAUCAUGUUGACGAUUCACAUUGCUUUGUUGUGCAUUUUUUGUUUUUAUUAUAAAUAAAUAUGGAUUUAAUUGAUAGUGAUAUUCGCCAGUGGGACGUGAACGAUGUGAGGGAACAAUUUGGCGAUAGCCUGAUGUUGCUUCCGUCUAAUGAUAACAUCAAAGAACUCCAAACUAUUCUACGGGAUAACACAAUUUACAGAAACACAUCUCGCAGUGACUUCAAGUUCUAUGCAGACCGGUUAAUCAGACUCGUAAUAGAAGAGAGUCUGAACAAGUUGCCGUUCACAGACUGUGAGGUGGUGACCCCCACGGGAGCCCUGUACAAGGGGUUAAAGUAUGGGUCUGGGAACUGUGGGGUUUCUAUUGUCAGGUCGGGAGAGGCCAUGGAGCAGGGUCUUCGCGACUGCUGCCGCUCUAUACGCAUAGGCAAGAUUCUAGUGGAAAGCGACAAUGAUACCCAUGAAGCACACGUUGUCUACGCCAAGUUCCCUGAAGACAUCUCGCGGCGGCAAGUCCUGCUCAUGUACCCUAUUAUGUCCACUGGCAAUACUGUUAAACAGGCAGUAAACGUCCUAACGCAGCAUGGCGUAAAGGAAGAACACAUUAUACUCUCAAACCUAUUCUGCACGCCGGCGGCCGCGCAGGCCGUAGUGGACUAUGUACCUAAGAUGAAAAUACUUACCUCAGAGCUCCACCCCGUUGCGCCCAACCACUUCGGACAGAAGUACUUCGGCACCGACUGAUAUGAAGACGACUUUUAAUUUUAUCAUAAUAAUAAUUAUUUACCUUUAAUUUUACUUUAGAAUUAGAUACAGUAAGAAUAAAGUCAACAGUAAAAUUUUUGUUUAGGUGAAAUGCUUUUGCGUCACUCUAUGACUUGAAAUGAGCUUUUUUUAGCAUUUAAAAAACCUAUCAAUGUAUUUAUGAGGACGAUUUUUAUGUCAGUGACGCUGAAUACUGGUUAACCUCUUAAAAGGAGGGAACCUCCUAAAAAUAUUUUAAUAGAAAAUUUAGAAGGUCUCUUUCAAUUGUAUUAAAUGUGCAAUAUGGAGUUGAGUAAAAUUAUCUGGAUCUAUAGAGACAACUUUGACUUUGCUCAAACUUAAGACAGAGUUAAAAAGAGAAAUGAAGAAAUAAAAAUCGGUCUCUUUUUAACUACGUCUUAAGUCUGAACAAACAAGCAAAUAUUGGAGACCUUAAUAAAAAUAAAAUAAUCAAUGAAAUAAUAUAAACUUUGCAAUAAUACAUAAUAUAAUCAAACUAUGCUAAAAACUUAGCAAAAAUAUACCAAAUGUACAUGUUGAAUACAAAAUGUAUUCAAAUGAAAUUAAUAUAAUCUGACAUCCCAACAUAUUAUUAUUUGUUAAACUUUACUAUGUUAUUAACUAUCUCAGUAUUUUUAAGGAAUUAUAAUUAAGUAAAAAGUUCUUAUUGAUUUAAUGCAAUGUAUUCUGCCAUAUUGAUCAUAAUAAUAUGUAAAAAAUAUAUAUUGGUAUGUUACUACUAUGAUUUUCAAAAUAUGUAAAUAACAGAUAUUAUUGCUUAUGUAAAAUUUUGUGGCAAUAUU